AAUUUAAUGCUGUUAUAUUUUGAUGCGUACUCAUAGUGCGAUUAGGUCUAUCCGUGUUUUGUACUAUAUUUAUACCGAUUGUGUAAUAACUGUAAUUUUUUGACUUAAAAUAUGCCGGCUGAUUUGUUGGGAUACGCUUACGCUGCUACUGUUGCAGCCGGGGGGAUUCUAGGAUACGUAAAAGCCGGUUCCGUUCCUUCACUGGCGGCUGGUUUAACGUUUGGAGCCAUCCUAGGCUACGGUGCUUUGCUUACCUCCCAGGAUCCCCCGAGACCGCUCCUGCAGGUGGGUACCUCGCUGGUGCUGGCCGGCAUCAUGGGCGCUAGAUGGUCCAGAUCUGGUAAAUUUAUGCCCCCCGGUAUCGUCUGUGUGCUGUCGUGUGCUAUUUUGGCCCGAGGACUUCUACUUCACCAUCGCUUCCUUCCGUUGAUUGGUAAAAGUGACUAAAGAUGGUCAUGAUACAUUUCUUGAGUGCCCAGUGUUGGUUUAUGGUGGCGGUAUUAUUCCCUAGUUUUAAGAUUUGCAAUGUUGAAUAUAGGCGAAAAUAAAACGAAUUAUUUUCAUA